GAAAGAGGAAGAGAAAGCAUGGCAUAGAGUCUACAGGCUAAUGAGAGAGCUGUCCAAAGUCUACGAAAGCCCAAAGGAAUUAUACCCAACAACCAAAAAAACAUAAUUACACCACCACCACAGACCGACUUGACUCACACCCUUCCCAUUUUCCUCAAAAAAACCAGCGAGACGGACACUCCGAAUCAGAUCUCUCGGUUGACGCCAAAUCGUUCACAGUCAGAGUAUUGUCCUUGAGAUGGGCUUAGAGGUCCUUGAUCUUGGCGAUUCCAGUUGAGAAAUGCAGCCGAAUUUGUUCCCUUUCGGUAGCGCUUUCGGGAAUCCAUUUAUCUUCAAUGGUGGCGAUUUGACCAGCCAAGCAGGGUUUGACAGCUCCAGGAUUUUGUUUUUGGUCCCAUUUUUGCUUUUUCAAGGAGACGGAAUGGAUUUGUCCAAGGUUGGCGAGAAGAUUUUGAGCUCAGUUAGGUCUGCUAGAUCGCUCGGUCUUCUUCCUUCUCCUUCCGAUCGACCCGAGGUCCCUGCUCGAGCUGCAGCUGCUGCUGCUGUUGCUCGUGCUCUUGCUGGUCUGCCCCCUCAUCAACGAUUUAAUCUCUCAUCAAGCUCUGAAGAGCUGAGUGCUAUAUAUGGAAGCAGACCUCAUGGUCAAGUAGUGGAGGAGCUAGAGGAAGAAUUCUAUGAAGAGGAAUUUGAUCCAGUUAGGCAUAUAUUAGAGAAUAUUCCACCUGAAGAAAAUGAGCUGACCUAUUUUGAGAAACAGGCUGCUCUUAGAUUAGCCCAAUUGGAUAGAGUAGCAGAACGUUUAUCCCACCAUGUUAUGGAGCACCAUGAAGUAAUGGUGAAGGGGAUGCAUUUGGUUAGGGAAUUGGAGAAAGACUUGAAGGUGGCAAAUGUCAUCUGUAUGAAUGGGAGGAGGCAUCUAACCUCAUCUAUGAAUGAGGUUUCAAGGGAUCUCAUUGUAAAUUCUAAUUCAAAAAAGAAACAAGCUCUUCUGGAUAUGCUUCCUCUUUUAACUGAGCUUCGUCAUGCAUUGGAUAUGCAAGCAGCACUUGAAUUACUUGUUGAAGAAGGCGAUUAUUGCAAGGCAUUUCAAGUCCUAUCUGAGUAUUUGCAGCUAUUGGAUAGCUUUUCAGAGCUUUCAGCAGUACAAGAGAUGAGCCGUGGUGUAGAGGGUUGGCUUGGAAGAACUCUUCAGAAGCUGGAUUCUCUUUUAUUAGAUGUAUGCCAGGAGUUCAAACAAGAAGGCUAUAUUACUGUGGUUGAUGCUUAUGCACUUAUCGGAGAUAUAUCUGGUCUUGCUGAGAAGAUACAAAGCUUCUUUAUGCAGGAAGUUAUAUCAGAAACCCACACUGUAUUGAAGAACAUUGUGCAAGAGGAUCAGGAAGUAAACACACAGAACAGUCGACUUACUUACAGUGACCUUUGCCUUCGGAUACCUGAGUCCAAGUUUAGGCAUUGCUUGCUAAGAACACUUGAUAUCCUCUUUAGGUUGAUGUGUUCAUAUUAUGAAAUCAUGGGUUUUCAGCUGGAGGAUAAGGAUUCGACUAGUAAAACUUCAAAUAGCUUGUGGAAGGAAAAUGACGGCUCUAGGAGUUUAGGAGAGGUUCAAAAUACUGAUUUGGCUUGCAAUUCCCCAAGAUUUAAUGGUAUUCUUACUGAAUCACUGGAAAGAGUGCCUGGUUCGUCUUUUACAGAGUCUACGAGUGCAAACACUUCUGAUGGGGCUACAGGAACAAGUACUUGUGGCCUAAUAAGUGAGGCUAGGAAGGAUGACAGUCCAACAUCAACCAGUGGAUCUCCGUGGUAUCAGUUGCGUAAAGAUGCUACAGCAUUUGUUUCACAAACCCUUCAGAGAGGACGCAAGAAUCUUUGGCAUCUCACAACCAGUCGUGUAUCUGUUUUGCUUUCUUGUCCUGCUACUUGUUCUGCUAGCAUUCACCAAUUCUUAAAAAACUAUGAAGAUUUGAGUGUCUUCAUCUUGGCUGGGGAAGCAUUUUGUGGAAUUGAAGCUGUUGAGUUCAGGCAGAAACUGAAGGUUGUAUGUGAAAAUUAUUUUGCAUCGUUUCAUCGACAGAAUAUAUAUGCAAUUAAAAUGGUUUUAGAAAGAGAAAAUUGGAUGCCAAUGCCACCUGAUACGGUGCAAGUAAUUAGUUUUGCGGGGCUUGUUGGUGAUGGAGCACCUCUACUUGUUGAUGGUAACUCUACUCGUGCUAGGAUGCUCCUUUCUGACAACUCUCAAAAAUUGGUAGAUACUGGUGCCAAGAAGAGUGGAUUUGCUAAUUGGCUAAAAAAUGGAAACCCAUUUUCAGUCAAAUUGCUUCCGACUUCUAAAGAAGGUCAAAGUCCAACACAUCUUAAUGGGGCAAUCCAUGGUGAAUUUGAUGGAAGUUUUGCUGACAAUUUGUGUGGUGAUAAGGUCUCUCCAAAAAAGAGUGAUGUUAGUCAUUUAAAUGGCACUAAUUCUGUUCUGGAAGAAGAAAAUGAAGAUCUUCUUGCUGACUUUAUUGAUGAGGAUAGUCAACUCCCAAGCAGAAUUUCAAAACCUAAACUUGGAAGAAGUCAUUCCGCAAAUUUGGAUGAUGAAGAGAAUACAGCUCAAACAGGGUCAUCGAUUUGUCUUCUAAGGUCAAUGGAUAAAUAUGCAAGGCUCAUGCAGAAGUUAGAAAUAGUCAAUGUAGAGUUCUUUAAGGGAAUAUGCCAGUUGUUUGAGGUAUUUUUUCAUUUUGUAUUUGAAACGUUUGGUCAACAUAAUGCAAAUUCAGGAGGAAAAGGCUCAACUGACUCUAUUAAUUAUCGCCUGAAGACAGCCUUAUCCAGAAUAACUCAAGAUUGUGACCAAUGGAUAAAAGCCUCAUCCUCUUCACCUGCGGCUUCAAUUGCAUUUACACAUGCAGAGAUCACGCCAAGUCCUCCCAGUGCAAAUUUUGGUCAUGCACCAGGAACAUCCUUUGGCCUCAAGGAAAGAUGUGCAGGUGCUGACACUAUAUCUCUUGUUGCUCGAAUGUUGCAUAGAUCUAAAGCUCAUCUCCAAUCCAUGCUUCUUCAGAGUAAUGCUGCUGUGGUUGAAGAUUUCUAUGUGCAUCUGGUGGAUGCUGUACCUGAUCUUGUAGAGCAUAUUCAUAGGACAACUGCAAGACUACUGCUCCACAUUAAUGGGUAUGUUGAUCGGAUUGCCAAUGCCAAGUGGGAAGUAAAAGAGCUUGGACUAGAGCAUAAUGGGUACGUUGAUCUGUUAUUGGGAGAGUUCAAGCAUUAUAAAACCAGACUCGCUCAUGGAGGCAUUCGCAAGGAGGUUCAAGACCUGCUCUUACAAUAUGGACUUGAGAUUGUUGUUGAAACUCUCAUUGAAGGUCUAUCACGUGUGAAGAGGUGUACUGAUGAAGGGCGGGCACUAAUGUCGUUGGAUCUUCAGGUUUUAAUCAAUGGUCUACAGCAUUUUGUCCCCAUGAAUGUUAAGCCAAAGUUACAAAUAGUUGAAACCUUCAUUAAGGCUUACUACCUUCCUGAAACUGAAUACGUGCACUGGGCUCGUGCACACCCGGAAUAUACUAAAAAUCAAAUCGUUGGGUUGGUCAACCUUGUCGCCACGAUGAAAGGUUGGAAGAGAAAAACCAGGUUUGAAGUGCUGGAAAAGAUUGAAUGAGCCAGCAUGUAAAGUCGGAUAACCUAGUAAGGUUUCAGGCGCAUAGAUUUUUACAUGUUGCUUUCUCUUUUACUUUAUUCUGAAUUUCUUUACUUUUUCGUUUCUCUCUCUCUCUCUCUCUCUCUCUCUCUCUCUCUCUCUUUUGGUCUUUAUAAGUCUAAAUGUAUAUUUUGAUCUUCUGCUAUUUUGUAGUGUAGAUCUCAAGGGUGUAUAUCUUCCAAUAUCUCAGUUUGUAAUAUAUGGUCUUUCCCUGUAGGGGGACCUCAAAUGUAACUUUGGAUCACAAAAUGCCGAAAUAAUGAUAUUCAUGAAUAGUGAUGGAAGAAAAAGAAACUAAAAAUAAUUAGUUUACACAUUUUAGUUAAACAAUCCACGUUCAGCUAUUGAAGUAUAUGAGAAAGAUGAAUCUUUCUCAAUUGUAAAACUGUAUAUCAAUUCUAAAGCAUCUUUUCAAGCUAUUAGCUGUUA